AUGAAGGCCGGGGGCACCACUGCCUGGAAGCAGUGGGGACUCAGAGACGGCAAGCGGUACGCCAUGAAAAUCUUCACCAAAGCCAAGCUCGCGCUUUUGGACGUCAGCGGGAUGCUGGAAGAGGUCUCCAUACUCUGGCAUCUCAAACAUCCGAACGUGAUCCGCUUUCACGACGUGCUGGAAGAUGAGCGGCACUACUACCUGGUGACCGAGUACAUGGCGGGCGGCGAGCUGUUCGACCGGAUCACCCAGAAGAGCACCUACACAGAAAAGGAGGCCCGGGAUCUGUUCAAAGUUCUCGUCUCGGCCAUCGAGUAUAUGCACUCCAUGGACGUGGUGCACCGGGAUCUGAAGCCCGAGAACCUCCUCUUGGCAGCCCCCGAAAUCUUGAGGCGGGAGCCCUACGGAAAGCCCGUGGACAUGUGGUCGAUCGGCGUCAUCACCUUCAUCCUCCUGGCAGGCUACGCUCCUUUCUACGACGAAGACCACCGGCGCCUUUUCAACAAAAUCAAAAAAGCGAAAUUUCAGUUUGAGGAGGAUACCUGGGAGAACAUCUCCGUGGAGGCUCAAGACCUGAUCAGUGGGCUCCUAUGCGUGGACCCCGCGCAGCGGCUCACGCCCUCCCAGGCCCUAGCGCACCCGUGGGUCAUGGCGGACGACGAGCUUCUACGAGCCAAGAAACUGACUGGGACACAGGCCGCGCUCAAACGCUUCAACGCAAGAAGGAAAUUUCGCGCCAGUGUGCACUCAGUCAUCAUGGCCAAUAAGCUCCUGGCCGUGGCCCGAGAACGGAGCCUGACUCGGCGGGAGUCCGACUGCUCCGCCAGCGAGGAGGAAGGAAGGGAAAAAGGAAAGGAUUUGCUGCCCUGUCUACCUGUGGGUCUCGUGCAGUAAGGAGCACACGGAAAUCAGGGAGGCGUCACAGGGGAGUAGAAGCGCGUCGAUGCCUGUGGCACGCAUGAAAGUGUUGAAGAAGAGCGAGGAUUAGAUCGGGGAGGACGGACUGCAAAUAAUUGGAAGCAGCGAUAUUUCCGAAUUGUAAGGGGCCAGAGAAGCGAUUUCAUCGCUCCCCACAUGCCUAACUCGAAGCACUUAAUUUUUUUGCUUGAAAAAUAUUUUUUCGACUUUGUAAUGAAGCGUAGAACGUUG